AUGCUCCGUGUGUUCUGUCUCACCCUCGCUCUACAUGCGGUGCUUGGCCGUAACCUUGUACAGGUGUUACAGUCGUCGCCCAGCGAGUCUACCCUGGUCAGUUUGGUACAGAAAGCUGGUUUAGCCGAUGCCUUGGGACAAGGAACCUUUACCAUUUUCGCUCCUACAAAUGACGCCUUUGCUAAAUUGCCUGCCGACCUUCUGGCCUCCUUAAGCACGGACGUUAACGCACUCGCAAACGUUUUGAAGUAUCACGUGGUGCCGGCAUCUAUUCAAAAGAAAGAUGCAUCCAACGAGGCUCAACUUGAUACACUGGCCGGUAGCAAAGUUCGUUUGAACAUCUACAGCCAUAAUCAUGAAGUUACUGUUGAAGGAUCAAGAAUAACGCACUUCGAUAUCGCGGCUGACAACGGAUAUAUCCAUGUUAUCGAUACAGUAAUGCUCCCACCAGAGGGCAGCAUCGUCGAUAUCGUUGCUGGUGCCCCGGAAUUAUCUGUUUUGUUAUCGAAUGUCAAAUCAGCAAAUCUGGUAUCUGCUCUACAAGGGGACGGUCUCACUGUCUUCGCGCCAACAAAUGAAGCGUUUGCACGACUUGGAUCAUCAACAUUGCACAGCCUUUCCUCAAAUCCACAACUUCUCAAAGAAAUCCUGGAAUAUCACGUGGUACCACACACCGAGUAUUCAGCCGGUCUCUACAACAGGGAAUAUCUCAGGACACUGGAUUCUCGACACGACGUCAUCAGAAUUGGAGCUACAGGUUCACAUAUCUAUGCCAACACCGCCACAGUUACAACAGCUGAUAUCGCAGCCACAAACGGAGUUGUGCAUAUAAUAGAUCACGUGCUUGUUCCCCAGAGGCACCACGGAUCUUCAAUAUUUGGAAAGAAGUAG